ACAGCAAUGUGAUAAUUAACAUCGACAAUUGCGCGCAUUAUAGCACCAAUCGCCCGGCUGAUCGAAAAUCGAUAACUUACGAAUCGCACGAUCGACAGCGACGACGACGGCAGCGGUUUUUAGUCAUAUUUCGGUUUUUCUGCGCAACGGUCGCUUUCGGCUUGGCAAUCGCCUGCGUCAUCUACACGCUCCAAACAAUGGGCUGGAUUUUUGCUGUGCUCGUCGCACUGGUUGCCCUGCUGCUGACGAAACCCGGUUGGCGCUGGUUCUACAUAGCGGGAGCAACCGCCAGUCGCGAUCUAACAGCUCUCUGGGCUUAUAUCAAGCUCCUGAGGUACACGAAACGCCAUGAGCGCCUUAACUAUACUGUGGCGGAAGUCUUUGAGCGAAAUGUUCAAGCCCAUCCGGAAAAAGUGGCUGUUGUCAGUGAGACGCAGCGCUGGACCUUCCGUCAGGUAAACGAGCACGCCAACAAAGUGGCCAAUGUCCUGCAGGCUCAGGGCUACAAAAAGGGCGAUGUGGUGGCUCUGUUGCUGGAGAACCGUGCCGAGUACGUGGCCACCUGGUUGGGUCUCUCCAAGAUCGGUGUGAUCACUCCCCUGAUCAACACAAAUCUGCGCGGUCCUUCUUUGCUGCACAGCAUCACUGUGGCUCACUGCACGGCCCUCAUCUAUGGCGAAGACUUUCUGGAAGCGGUUUCCGAGGUGACCAAGGAUCUGCCCGCCAGUCUCACUCUCUUCCAAUUCAACAAUGAGAACAACAACAGCCAAACAGAUAAGAACAUCCCGCAGGCCAAGAACCUGAACAUUCUGCUGACAACCGCGAGUAUUGAGAAGCCAAACAAGACGCAGGUUAACCACCAUGACAAGCUCGUAUACAUCUACACCUCUGGCACUACCGGAUUGCCAAAGGCGGCUGUCAUCUCUCACUCCAGGUAUCUGUUUAUUGCUGCUGGCAUCCACUACACCAUGGGUUUCCAGGAUGAUGACGUGUUCUACACACCUUUGCCUCUGUACCACACCGCUGGAGGAAUAAUGUGCAUGGGACAAUCGGUGCUCUUCGGCUCCACUGUCUCCAUUCGCAAGAAGUUCUCGGCAUCCAACUAUUUUGCCGAUUGCGCCAAGUACAAUGCAACGAUUGGACAGUAUAUUGGUGAGAUGGCCCGUUAUAUUCUAGCUACGAAACCAUCGGAAUAUGACCAGAAACACCGAGUGCGUCUAGUUUUUGGAAACGGUCUGCGUCCGCAGAUAUGGCCACAGUUCGUGAAACGCUUCAACAUCGCCAAGGUGGGUGAAUUCUAUGGUGCCACCGAGGGCAAUGCGAACAUCAUGAACCACGAUAACACUGUGGGUGCCAUCGGCUUUGUGUCGCGCAUUCUGCCUAAGAUAUACCCGAUCUCCAUCAUUCGCGCCGAUCCCGACUCUGGAGAGCCCAUCAGGGACAAGAAUGGCCUGUGUCAGCUGUGCGCCCCCAACGAGCCGGGCGUAUUCAUUGGCAAGAUUGUUAAGGGAAAUCCAUCUCGCGAGUUCCUUGGUUACGUUGACGAAAAGGCCUCUGCCAAGAAGAUUGUAAAGGAUGUAUUCAAGCACGGCGAUAUGGCAUUCCUCUCUGGAGAUUUGCUGGUGGCUGACGAGAAGGGUUACUUGUACUUCAAGGACCGAACUGGAGACACCUUCCGCUGGAAAGGCGAGAAUGUCUCCACCAGCGAGGUUGAGGCUCAGGUCAGCAAUGUGGCUGGAUAUAAGGACACUGUGGUUUACGGCAUAACAAUUCCGCACACCGAGGGAAGAGCUGGUAUGGCCGCCAUCUACGAUCCUGAUCGCGAACUAAACCUUGACGAAUUCGCCGCUAGUUUAGCCAAGGUGCUACCUGCCUACGCACGUCCCCAGAUUAUUCGAUUGCUCACCAAGGUGGACCUUACUGGUACCUUUAAGCUGCGUAAGGUGGACCUGCAGAAGGAGGGCUACGAUCCGAACGCGAUCAAGGAUUCACUGUAUUACCAGACAUCCAAGGGCAAAUACGAGCUGCUUACACCGCAGGUUUAUGAUCAGGUGCAGCGCAACGAGAUUCGCUUUUAGAAGCUGCAUUGGAGUUGUGUCUGAGCUUUGCCUUUUGCCCAAUAUGCUGUUAAUUAGUUUGUAAGAGAUUCGACUUAGUCUACGAACGGAAAACCUGUAACGGCGACAAAAAUCAUUUAGCCCAGCUUCUUCCGAAGCGUAUUUCCAUGUCAACAUUGCACUUUUGUAUACAGUAAGCAUAUAUAUAUUGUAAACGUAGUUGUAUCUGCAUUUGUGUAGAUGAUAGCCUCUUAUACGCAUUUUAAUUGUUUUUAGCAUGCUAAAGAACCUUGUAAGUGCAAUUUCAGCUAUUGUUUAGUCAGUUUUAGUGGCAUUUACACUUCCAUUCUCGCUGCGUUUGCCUGUACAUAUGAGAAGCUCUGAUGUUUUUGUAUCAAAUAAAGUUUGUUUCUUCACCACUGGA